AUGAGCAAUACCGUCGGGAUUUUGGCGGUUUUAUUGGCAGCUUUUUCAGCACUGCAGGUCGAGGCGAACUAUCGUCACUUAGACGAUUAUGACGGCGCUGCGCUGCUUCCGACGCGUCCGCGGUGUUCCAGUCAGGAGGAUCCUAUAGCUGCAGUUGCAGGCGUUGCAGGCGUUGCAGCUGGCCUCUUAGAGCCUUUCACGUCGACUUUCAUGCCACAUUGUCACGUUAAAGGCCAGUACAGUCCGAUACACCUGUUGCCUUUUCCCGUUUCGCCGUUGAACAUCGCCCGACCGUUUACGCAACUUCAGCAGACCCUGUCUCAUCCACCUCUGUUCGGACCUCUCUUUUCGCCUUUUUAA